AUGCAUAAAUCCCUAAACAAGGACGAACGCAAAAAGAAGGAUAGGAACUCAUACACGAAGAAGGAGAGUGACACAAGAGGAGAAGUGUCAAAUUGGAAGUGUGAUGGUGAUAGAUGGAGUUAUUUUGAAAUUUUAUGUGUUGAUAAAGAAAUGAGGUAUCCAGGGGUACUUGAAGUGUGGUAUGAUUUUGUUGGUAAAUUAAAGUCGCUAGAAAAUGACUUUGGUGCAAUAGAACUGCUAAAUUGGUCUAAGACUAAUGGAAAGGUGAACUUAUACACAGUCCACCCUAUUUCUCAAUCUGAAGUAAUAAAAGUAGUUGAACCACAAACUGCCCAAACUGAAAUCCAUACUCCCACAACCCGAGACCCUCCCUGA